GGUAAGACUUCAGGCAGGAAGUGGCCAGGGGAACCCAAGUGAAGAGGUUUUGGCUUUUUGGGUGAAUACUUUCAUUGUGUUUUGAGGCAGUGUGGGCAUCAUAUUAUACUUGGACAUCCAAGUGUAUUGUCUUGGUUACCAUGGCAAAAAUUUUUAAUUCUCGAGGGAUUCCUGUUGGCCACAUGAGCCUUGCAGUGUCAGACGGAGAGUUGAAUAUGUCUGCACGGAGCAGCACAGGCAGCAGCCACAGCCUUCCUGGCACCCCGGGCGGGGAGGCCUGCCCGGCUAACAAUGUGCUAAGCUGGGCUGUCUCCUUUGAGAAGCUGCUGGAAGACCCCGGUGGAGUCAACUACUUUACAGCUUUUCUGAAAUCCGAGGUGAGUGCGGAGAACAUCUUAUUCUGGCAAGCGUGUGAAAAGUUCAAGAAGAUCCCAGCCACUUCAUUGGAUGAGCUGAAGACAAGAGCUCGCUCCAUCUAUGAAACGUACUUGUCUGAAAGUGCUCCCCACUCAGUCAACAUCGAUGACACGGCCAAGAAAGAUGAAAAAGACUUGGAGCAACCCACCCCUGAAAUGUUUAACAAGGCUCAAGCACAGAUAUUUAAGUUGAUGAAGAUGGAUAGCUACAGACGCUUUGUGCGCUCUCCUCUCUACCAAAACUGCACUUUGGCGAGCGUAGAAGGCAAACGAUUACCUCAGCUCUACGCAGAACCUUUCCGCACGGUCUCCUGGGAGGAUGUGGCCAAUCGAAGCCCAAACUUGCGUGACAAAAAGAGCAAGCAGUCAGAUGAAAGCACUUUCCCAGUUGGCAAGAGCAACAAACCGCAACCCAAAAGAGGAUCCUGGGGAGAUGCGACCAACAACAAUGUUUCACUGUAUCACAGAGAGCCCAACACUGUCAAGUCGAGAAGUAAUGCGGAGCUCGACUCCCUCUACAGGCUGACAGAGAAUGGCCAAUCGUGUCCUCGCUCUCCGGAGCAAGCUGGCAUCUCUGGAGGACGCUGUGGCUUGGAGGGGGGCUACUGCUGUGUCUACCUGCCUGAUGGCAGUGCCUCCUUGGCUCCGACCCCUCAUGGCCGGCCCAUCAGAGAGAUGCUGGCUGGCCUAUGUGAGAAAAGAGGCUUCCCACUGAAAGAUGUCUUCAUCUACCUUAAAGGCAAAGACAAGCCAUUAUCACUGGACCAGGACUGCUCUGUACUGAGAGAUCAGCAGGUUUCGCUUGAGCUUCGGGUGAUGUUUGUACUGGAUAAUGCACUUACUGGCAAGACCGGUGGAAUUAUGGCAAAGUCCAGUAAGACACUGCAGGAUGCACUGUCCACAGUGUUACAGAAACAUAGUCUCAAGCCUCACGAAGCCCUAGUUACCAUUGUUGGGAGUGACGAGACAGUGAACAUGGACACGACUUUGUUCAGACUGGCUAAUAAGCAGCUACGGCUUGACAGAGCUAGAGGAAAAGACCAAAGCAACAUCACUGGAGCCAGCGGAACUGCUGCUGCCACACACGCCGGAUCAGGUGGUCCGGAGACCCGAUUGUCCCUCCACACCGACAAAGAAAAGACCUCACCAAAGCCCAGUAAGAACCCCGACAUGGAUGAGCUCCUGGAAAUGCUGACCAGGGCCCACUGCAGCAGGGUCGACGACCAGCGAGGUCUUCUCACCAAAGAACACCUCGAGGUUCCUCUCUUCCUGCAACUGCCCCCAGAUCAGGAGGAUCCAUCAUCCCAAGAGUUGAGCACAACCGACUCUUCUACUGCACAUUCAGGCAAGGUUACUGAGAACUCACCACCCUCUGGUUCAGCUGAAUCGGAACCCAAAGAUUUGCGAGAAACGUCCGUAUAAAAGACUCUGUGUGGGGAGGCGGGCUGUGAAGAACAUUUUUCACACUCAUACGGCCAAAC